GAACUCUUCAUCUCCCAACACAUAUAUAUCAUAACUACCGGUAUCAUAAGAACUAUAUCCGGAGACCUCAAUUCACAUAGGUACCAUUCUCCCCGAUUAUACAUUUACACCUGGUCAAGAUGAUGUUCCGUCGAACACUUUUGAAAUCUGCUCCACCAGUCUUCUGAAGACCACAUUAUAUCAAUUUCUAUAGAAAUAUGCAGAUUCUACCCAAUUUGCAACAGAAGAAAAUUGCAGCAACUGCAUCACCCAAUAGUUCAGGAAGACAGACUUCCACAGCUCCUCAAAAUAAGACUCAAUCAAAGAUGGACGGUGGCCUUUCAACUCACUCGAAGGAGAAUAUUUCUACGGAUAAUUGCGGUCCCUGUGACAUAAAGAGCAUCACGACCCCAGAGACGCCGAGCAGAAUGGAGUCAGGAAUGGACAAUCUUAAGACAAGUCAACAGGAACCGCGAAUUGCAACGUUAUAGAGACCGUGAAUACCAUGCAGGAGUGAUUAGCAUAAGAAAUCAACUGGUCUAUGUAUUUCUCAGCUCCACACGGCAGUUAGAUAAUCCAAUCGUCAUCCCAGUCUCUGUAGCUUAUCCGGACGAAUUAUAUGACGACAAAAAUUUGGUAACAACAACAAACAAAGCUGAUCUGUACCCUGUCUACUUUGAUAUCUGUGUAGAUACCGUUUUUGGAGCCCCAAAGAAUCUCAUCAGUCGUUUGCUUGAAUAUACAUGAUCAAAAGGAGCAAGUCGAAAACGCAAUUCAAGAAUGGAGAGAAACUUAUACGAAUGACAGGGCCAAUUGGGGAGAGAAACGAGCCGAAUGACAGAAAAUAAUCGAAGAGGAUUACGUGGAGAGAGGAUUAAUCCCACGCAUAAAUCAGGGUUUGUUCCAUGACAUAGAGUUGGACCAAUAGAAAAGAAAUCAGAGAAUGAAGAUCAAGAGGGGAGGAGGAAUAUCAGAGAUAAUUCUCAUUGCAGAUUUGAAGUAGAAGAACGAGACUAGAAACUCAGUCACAGGAUUAGGCAAGUGUAGGAUUGGAUAAUGGGGGGGUUAUUUGCAAGCUUACUUGCCUGAUGUUAAAAAAAAAAAAAAAACA